AUGCUUGUUGCUAUUAGUAAGCCAAUGUGUCACAUGCUACCAAUUUCUGUAGUAGCAUUUGCACAGAAGAACUUUAGGGGAAAUAUCGAUAUCAAUCAAGUUAUCGAUACAACUCCAAGCACGAGCGGUGAAGAUAAUGAUGGUGGCCUUAAAGGCAAGGCCACCAAAGGAUCUGGGACGACAGCAAGAGGACGCCGUUUAUUGAAAGUUAGAGAGGAAAAGAGAAAAAGAGAUUAUGAGCGUCUUCAUGGUUAUCCUGCUUGGGCAAAGGUGUUGGAAAAUGCCUGUAAAAAUGAUUCUGAGCUUAGGGCUGUUCUUGGGGACAGCAUUGGUAAUCCUGAGCUUAUGAGAAAGAGAGUUGAAGAAAGAGUUCGAAGGAAAGGGAAGGAUUUCCAGAAAUCAAAAACUGGAUCUGUACUUGCAUUCAAAGUUAGCUUUCGAGAUUUUAAUCCUCUUGAUUCCAACAUAUGGUUCGAGUUAUUCGGAUCGCCUUCUGAUCGAGAUGUUGAUCUUCUUGGUAGUGUGAUUCAAUCAUGGUAUGUCAUGGGUCGUUUAGGUGCAUUUAAUUCAGCCAAUUUGCAGUUGGCAAACUUGUCAAUGGAGUAUGAUCCACUGUAUGAUUCAGACAAGGGUUUUAAGGUUAUGCCUUCGUCUUUUCACGAUAUAAGUGAUGUUGAGUUCCAGGACAACUGGGGAAGGGUCUGGGUAGACCUUGGUACGGCUGAUUUCUUCUCCAUCGAUGUUCUUCUCAAUUGCUUGACUGUACUGAGUUCCGAAUAUUUGGGCAUCAAACAGGUAGUUUUUGGCGGGCGUCGAAUGGGAGACUGGGAAGAUGGGAUGACAAGUCCUGAAUUUGGGUAUAAGUCUUUCAAAAUUUGA